UCCACAGUUACGCGACACUCUAGAGAAGAGCUUUAUCCCCUUUCCCAUGGCGUCUUCCGCCGCUGCUCCCUCCUUAUCUCUACUCUCUUUCACUUCGAAACCUCCUCCGUCUUCCUCCGCCGCCACGACGCAGCGGCUUUUUCCGUCGUUCAGAACCGACGGCGGUUUCGCGCCUUUAAAACUCAAAUCCCGCCGCGGCCGUUCAAUCAUCGUCAAGGUGGACGACGUCGAUGCCGACGGCGGUGGACCCGACGAGUACGACAUGGAUGACGAGGAAGUAGAGGAAGUAGACAACAAGAAGGACUAUGACGUCGAGUACGACCCCUUGGCCGCCGCGAUGGCCGCCGCAAGCGGCGGUGGUGACGGGGAUAUCGCUUUUGUGCAGAGCAAGAGCUUCAUAUCUACACAGGGGUGGGACUCCGACAUGGUGGUGGAUUACCGGAUAAAUGAAGACGAGUUCCAUAAAAUCAGCUUACUGGACUGCGAUUUCUUUAUCAGGAAACCGCCUGAUCCAGAUAACGAUGUUUAUGAUUUCAGAGAGAUGUAUGUUACUCCUCCGGAUACUGAUGUUUACUCAAUUCCUAGAGUUCUUGCUCCAAUGCCUCAAAAGUAUAUUCGAUGUGCAAUGAGUGACUAUGGAUGUUACAAUGUCACUGAACCGCCUAUUGAUGCUCCCCGAGAUCCACUAUACAAAUCCGAGAGGGAGAUAUCAAAGGUUUUCUUGACAAAGCAUUAUCGAAACAGAAGGUCAAACGACCCCGAAUUUGUGCUAGACCUUGAAGAGAUCUAUGUCAUUGACUCCAAGACAAAGUCAAUCACCAGAGCCAGAGUUCUGGUGACAGUUCCGGGAGGAAGAAAAAGGGAUAGGAAGGACGACUUGCUUGUGAUACGCGAUAAUGGAAACUCCUUUAAAAUCAUACACGUGAGGGAAAGAGAUGAUCCAACAACAGUGAUAGAAAGGGAAGAGUGGACCAAGACCCGAGAAGACAUGGAGAAACAUCUCAGAAAGCUACGAGACUUCAGUGUCUCGAAUUGGUUCUGAAAACAAAAAUGAGAGAGAAACCAAAAACGACAAAUCAAUGAAAAUUCUUCAUCAUCCAUAUAUGGCGUAUUCGUGUGAUGGGAUACGAUAGCAGAUCAUGCCGACCAAUGAUAUGGUGGAGCUGGAGGCGGACCCAUGCCUAAGGAGACGGAGUCAAAUGACGCACUUUACAUUUUUAAUAUUCAUCUAAUCUAAUUCUACAAAUUUUUGAAAUAAAAACAAGGAAGUUUCAAAAUCAUAUUUUAAAGAUCUAUUUUUAUAUCAAUAACGUAUUAAUUCAAUCUAUCUUUUUAUUGAAUUUGA